AAUUCAUGUGUUAAAGUGGGGCAAUGAUCUGAGUAUUAAUUACAGACUUACUAAGUUGUUUCUGGAAUCGGAAAUAUUUAAAAAGAAUAUAUUCGAGGUCUAUUUUCAACCCCUUGAUCCAAAUAUGGGCGACAAAGUUGCUGUUAUCUUUGGUUUUGGUCUCAACGUUGGAGUCGACGUUGCGCAAGCCUUCGCAGUGCAAGGCUACAAAGUUGCCGUGGUUUCACGCUCAGACAAACAUGCGGGCGGCAUAGAGGGAUACCUUCGGAUUCAAGAGGACCUCAGAGACCCGUCUUCUGUUGAAGUUGUAUUUGCUGCAGUUGUCAAAGAACUUGGCCAUCCAAGCGUCGUGGUCUAUAAUGCUUCUGCUAUCAGCAUGAAUCCGUCAACCACUCUCGAUCAGCAAAUUUCCGCUUUUCAAUCAGACAACAAUAUCAAUAUUGUUUCUGCCUAUAUCGCGGCGCACUUAGCUAUAAAAUCCUUCGCUUUGCUACCCCAAAGCUCGUCCAGAACGUUCAUUUAUACUGGUAACAAGCUUCCUUUUAUGGUUGUACGCCCGCUGUUAGCCCAAGGAGUGGGCAAAGCAGGCGCUGCUCAUUUAAUUCACUAUUUAGCAGAAGAAUAUAAAGACCAGGGUUACAAAUUUUACUUCGCUGAUGAGCGUACACCAGAUGGAGACCCGGUUUAUUCUGCGAUUGAUGGCCCUGCCCAUGCUGAGUUCUAUACUCAGCUGAUUGAGGGCAAUACCCGGGCUCCUUGGAAUGCUACCUUUGUCAAGGGACAAGGCUAUGUUGCCUUUCCUGAGAAGAUAGUUCACGAUGCUGUCGUUAUGGAUUUGGAAUUACCUAAUAUUGUGUGAGGAUAAUUCGAGAUCCAGUCGUUCUCGAAUUUGCUUGACCGAUACGGAGGAGGUAUUCAUGAGUUUUGUCCUACGCUAGUAACGCC